AUGCCUCUCGAAGGCGGAAUGUCGCCAAGCCCCGCUCAUGAUGCGGAAGCUGACAAGCAAGAGUGUGAGUGCAGCGAUGAGGCUUGGUGCUUAGUAUAGCUGCUUACUCUACUCUUUCGACGGAAAGCGGCGAGUGCAUUCGCAACCUCCACGCAGCGGGAUGCCGUUUCGACCGCUUCGGGUGCUGCAUCACCUGCACAUCCCUCUUCGAGACCAUCUCUGGCUCGAGAACAGGGGUCAGGUACAGAUACCCACGGCGAAGCGUACCGCUCAUUCGUAGAUGAUCGACAAUCGAUGAUCGAGCUCAUACAGCAGCAGACGCACUUGCAUUCCUUGGUGCAUCAGCGAGAGCUCUUGAAGCGUGCAGCUAAGCGUCGUACCCUCACUUCGCUGGAGCAGCAUACUCUGACAGAUAUCAGCCGGACCUUGUAUCAUAUGCACGACGUUCAAACAGCCUUGGAUCAGACUGCUUCUGGCAGCGCCCCGCGAGGACUCGGAUUGCAUGUCGACUCCUCGGGCAGCCGCGAGGUAAGGCCCAGCCAAAUUCCACUUGACGCGAAUCAGCUUAGAGUGGUACAAGCUAUGCUUGGAGGCCUGGGGCUACAGCAAGUGUUCCCUUCGUCCGAACCACCUGCGCAGUCCACACCAAAGCAGUUCGGUGAGUGUGGCGCGAGGAACACGGUGUGUGCGGGAGCUGAGCCGCUCGAAAGUCCGAUAGGCUGACAAAGGUGCCUCACGAUAGAUGACGCACUUGACAGCAACGCAUCAGACACUUCGAACGAGCAGGUCAGAUCCAAGACUCCUUCGGACGCGCAGCGAAGGCUGAAGAAGGCGAAAAAAGCCAAGUAUAAAGCACGAAAGAAGGAGCGCAAGAAAGCAUCGAAGGACCGCCCGGAUCCGGUCGUCGACCCAAUCGUCACGUCAUCCCCUCUACGUGAUGACGAGCGUCCGCAAGCAGCAAUCAAAGAGGACGAAGAGCUCUCCUCGACAAUUGCGUCGGAAAGCUGCGUACCACCAAGAGCGCAUCCGCAGUUGGUGCAUAGUUCAUCCGAUGUCGACAAGAAUCCAGCCCAAGUUUCGUCUCCUGCAGUGCGAUUCUACAGCCCCAAGAGCGGUCUUCGAGGAGCUUGGAGCGCCCCAGCCUCACCUGCGCUUUCCGCCGCAGACUCGUUUGUCGCGUCGGACGCUGACAUAUGCGAAGUCCUGAUGCACGCAAACUCUCCACGCCUGCGUAAGAGAGGCAUUUCAGAAUCUCUUGCUCGUCUUGAACAAGCGCCCUCGAGUUCGACGAGAACUCAAGCAUUGCGCACCGAUAUACUUGCCCGUCACAAGCGCGAGGCCUCAGCUUUUGCAGGCCUCGAACCAACCAGUAUACUGAGCAUCUCGUCUUCCGUAAGUAGCCCGCAGGUGUUGCAGAGGUCAAUUGGAGGAAUAGCGGCUCAGCCUUACGCAUCGGUGGGACCUCCUCUACGUGCCCAGGCGAAGGUUGCCCUCAAGGCGACUCAAGCACCGAGCAGCAGCGACAGUAGCGAGUCGCGCGCCACCCUGCAUCAUCAAAAUUCCAACGUCCACGAAAAGCCCGACGGCCGAUCGUAUUCUGGAGCCCAGCAAUCCAUCAAUGCAGCCGGCCAUGACGCUCAAGAUCACGGAAGCCUCACGGGCGGUCAAGGCUCCAGAACGCAACACUCUGACAGCCCGGAAGUAAGCGAAGACAGCGACUCACGUUUCGCGCAGCUGAACACGGUAAUUGUGCAAGAUCGUAAGAAGUCAAACGGCCUGUCGGCCUCCCGCAUGCCAGCUCGCGGUAGCAAGCGACAGGGUCUUACGCCAUUAGCAGUAGACGGAGGUUCAGACUCGGACAGCUCAGAGUAUGCAGCGAGCCUGCCACUGCCAGAAUUGAUCUACGGCGAAGCAGCUCUGCCCGCCAUGCCAACGAUGGAUGAAUGGCCGAAGAGCCUUCGCGAGCAGGGCUACGAGCCUAUCUAUCAGCCCUACAUGCACAUAGCAGAUCAGAUGGACGUUAGACGUUGCGCUGAAGCAAGCCGAGACGGCGCGGCGCAGGUUUUCAAGGCAGGUUCGAACAUGGUCACUUGCUAUUGCCGCGCCCUCGCCGCUUCCCUCCUAUUCGUGGUCAAGAAUGACCUCGGAGAUAUGCAGCUCGUCGGCUGCAAGAAGAGCGGUAACGGCGGUGGAAGUGGUGACGAGGAUGACAGUGCCUCCCUGGGUGGGCACUUCUCGGGAUCUGAGCUCUCAGAAAGUAGUUCCCUGUCCGACCAGGAUCUUUUCGACUCUCGGGCAGAAAUACCGCGCGCCGAUAGCGAGUCUACUCUAGCCCACACAACCCCUAGCAAUAGUCCAACAGUUGUCCGUUCCAAAGGCGCGAAACAAAUCCUUGAACAAUACCUUCAGAAGAGACGCCGGGAUGGGUCCCAAAGUGUCAGCUCUCAGCCAGAUUUCCCUCAGAAAGGUACGAGCGGAGCAACAAGCAUCGUCACCGCUGAGCCAACAGCAGCGAUGAUGAGAGUGAGCGGCAGAAUGGCUAGUCUUGAUUUGAGCGGCACCGCAAGAAGUCGUUUGCAGCCUACGGCGGGUGAGGGCCUUUCCAAGCAUGCUCCGCUCGCGGGAGCGAAUCGAGCUGCGAGAGUGUCUGCUGGCCAACGUCGCCUGAUCAUCCGAAGCAAUCGCCCAUCACGAUGCUCAACAAGUCAUGCUGCCCACAGCACGGCUGAAGUACAGCACCGCGUGGCGGAGGUCGCCCCGUUGCGGCUGCACUCCGGACCCGAGCAUGGGGGCUUGUGAGUGACAAUGAGUGGUGUCUGGUCCGACGAAUGCUGAAAUCCCUUUCGUUGCCAGACCCCGACCCAAAGUAGCUCGUAA